CACUCACUCUCCCCUCAUAAUCCACCCGUGAUGACGUUAUACUGCAGCUCCUGAGCUUCCAGAUCUCGCGAGACUAUGGAAAACCAUCCAGACGGCCUCUCUCUCUCUCUCUCUCUCUCUCGCUCGGUUCCCCCCCUCCUCUCCAGCCCUCCCUUCCCACGCCCCAGUGCGCUGUGGGAUAGUGGCACUAUAAAGUAUAUCCUCUCUCGGAGAAAGAUAAGAAGCCCGAGACAGGAGGGGGAUGAAGAUGGCGGACGCCAAGCAGAAGAGGAAUGAGCAGUUAAAGCGGUGGCUGGGCUCGGAAACGGACCAGGAGCCUCCCGUUCUGAAAAAGAAGAAGACGAAGGUGAAGUUCGAUGAUGGCGCCGUGUUUCUGGCCGCCUGCUCGAGCGGCGAUACCGAGGAGGUGCUCCGAAUGCUUGACCGGGGCGCUGACAUCAACUACGCCAAUGUGGACGGUCUCACCGCCCUCCACCAGGCAUGCAUAGACGACAACAUCGACAUGGUGACUUUCCUGGUGGAGCACGGCGCCGGCAUCAACCAGCCGGACAACGAGGGCUGGAUCCCGCUGCACGCCGCGGCCUCCUGCGGAUACCUGGACAUAGCAGAGUACCUCAUCAGACAGGGAGCCAGUGUAGGAGUCGUGAACAGCGAGGGCGACACGCCUCUGGACAUCGCUGAGGAGGAGGCGAUGGGGGAGCUCCUUCAGAACGAGAUCAACAAACAAGGCGUGGACAUCGAGGCGGCUCGGAAAGAGGAGGAGCGCGUCAUGCUGAGGGACGCCCGGCAGUGGCUCAACAGCGGCCAGAUCCAGGACAGCCGGCACACCAAGUCGGGGGGCACGGCGCUGCACGUGGCCGCCGCCAAAGGAUACGUCGAGGUUUUAAAGCUUUUAAUCCAAACCGGCUACGACGUUAAUAUCAAGGACUACGAUGGCUGGACUCCUCUGCAUGCGGCGUCGCACUGGGGCAAAGAGGAGGCCUGCAGGAUACUGGUGGAGAACAUGUGCGACAUGGACCUCAUCAACAAAAUGGGCCAGACAGCUCUUGAUGUAGCGGACGAAGAUGUUCUCGGAUACUUGGAAGAACUUCAAAAGAAACAGAAUCUGCUGAUAGGUGAAAAGGAAGAAAUUAAGAAAUCUCCUUUGAUUGACACGACGACCACCGAGGACAACAAUCAAUCACUGAAACCACCCAAGAGCAAAGAAACGGUGCUUCUGGAGCCGGAGAAGAUCGCCCCACGCAUCGAGACCUUGGAACCAGAGAAGGUGGACGAAGGAGAGGAGGGGAAGAAGGACGAAUCCAGCUGCUCCAGCGAGGAAGAGGACGACGAGGAUUCAGAGUCGGAGACUGAAGCAGAUAAGAGCAAGCCUUCGGCAUCGGUGAGCAACAGCACCACGCCGCCCGCUGCCAGCGUCCCCGUGUCACCUCCGACCAGCCCGACCAACCAGGUGACAACCCCCACUUCGCCGCUGAAGAAGCCCACUCAGCCUGCUGGAAAGGCAUCGACCAAAGUGGAGGACGACCGGAAGGACGAGUCUCCGGCGUCGUGGCGGCUCGGCUUGAGGAAGACGGGCAGCUACGGGGCGCUGGCCGAGAUCACCGCCACCAAGGAGGCUCAGCGGGAGAAGGACACCACCGGGGUGAUGCGCUCGGCCUCCAGCCCUCGCCUCUCCUCCUCUCUGGACAACAAAGACAAGGAGAAGGAAAAGGACAAAGGGCCUCGCUUCGCCUACGUGGCGCCCAACGUUCCCAGAAGGCUCGCCAGCACGUCGGACAUCGACGAGAAGGAGAACAGGGACUCCACCGCUCUGAAACGCAGCGGCUCGUACACCCGGCGGCGCUGGGACGACGACCUGAAGAACAGCGAGGGGAGCGCCUCCACCAACCGAACCCCCAGCUACCAGCGCAGCACGUCCCACACGCUAGCACUAGGGCGGAGCAGCAGCACGCGGGACGUGCCGGCCAAGUCUUCGUCCACCUCCAGCUUGGACCCUAACACCUGUAACACUAAACCCUGGCAGCCGCCCACCUCCCACUACCAGUCUUACAGCAUUUACCGCAGCGGCUCUUUUGGCAGAAGACACGAGGACCUGAGUUCCUCGACCACCUCCACGACCCCCACCACCACCACCACCACCACCGCCACCUCAUCCGUUACCUCGCCCACAGGCCAUCGCAGCCUGCUCUCCGGCCUGGGCUCCUCCUCCACCCGCACUGGCUCCACCAGUCUCACCAGCAGGUACUGGUCAGAGGAGAGUGCAGACCGAGAGAAGGAAAAGGAAUCCGCCGCGGUCAUCCCCACCAUGAACACUGGCUCCACUACGACCAGCACGUCCACCACCACCAGCGCCGUCUCCACCACCACCUCCACAGGCGUGGUCACUGGCUCAGAGAGACGCAGAUCAUACCUGACGCCGGUGCGAGACGAGGAGUCAGAGUCCCAGAGGAAAGCUCGCUCCAGACAGGCUCGACAGUCGAGGAGGUCCACCCAGGGUGUGACUCUGACUGACCUGCAAGAGGCGGAGAAAACCAUCGACAGGAGUCGUGUCCCAAAGACCCGGGAGGAGGAGAAGGAGAAGCAGGACAAGGAGAAGCAGCAGGAGGAGAAGAAGGAGCUGGAGGUCAAAGAGGAUGAUUACCGGUCAAAGUACCGCAGCUUCGAGGAGCGCUACCGGCCUUCGUCUUCCUCCUCUACCUCGGCCAUCUCCACAGUCGGCACGGCCUCCCCCCCGUACACCAGCACCGCUCCGCCCUCCGGGCCCCUCAGCCGGCCGAACAGCCUGACGGGGAUCACCUCGUCCUACAGCCGCUCCUCCAGAGACACCGAGAAAGAAAUGGACCGGAAGGAGGAGGAGAAGGAAGGCGAGGACAAGUCUCAGCCCCGCUCCAUACGGGAUCGCCGGCGGCCCCGCGAGAAGAGGCGCUCUACUGGCGUCUCCUUCUGGACACAAGAGGGUGAUGAAAAUGACCCUGACCAGCUGUCCGACUCGGAGGACGGAAGCACCAAAGGAGAGACCCAGAGUGACAGGUUAUCACAUACAGAACGCACAACGUGCUCAGAUCGCAACGACAUCCUCUCCAGCCGCGGCUACGGGGAGAGCCGGAGGACUUACUCCAGCCGACUGGACCGGGACGACGCCACUGACUACAAGAAGCUGUACGAGCAGAUCCUGGCUGAGAACGAGAAGUUGAAGGCCCAGUUACGCGACACGGACCUGGAGCUGGCGGACUUGAAGCUGCAGCUGGAGAAGGCCACGCAGAGGCAGGAGCGCUAUGCCGACCGAUCACAGCUCGAGAUGGAGAAAAGGGAAAGAAGAGCUCUAGAAAGGAAGAUAUCUGAGAUGGAGGAGGAACUUAAGAACCUCCCCCAGGUAAAGCAGGUUCAGGCCCUGCGGCAGGUCAAGGAGCGGCUGCAGGCUGAGAACCGGGCGCUGUCCCGAGUCUUGGCGAAGCUCUCGCAGUCCGCCUGCAGCCAGCUGCCCACCGUCGACCUCUAAGCCACGCCCAUCCGUCCGCCACCACCCCCCCCCCCCUCCCCUCUCUC